UUCCUCAGGUAUCCUGGCUCUGGAGAUUGCUAUGGGAGAUUGGCUGACUGUUACAGAUCCAGGUCUGUCCUCAGAAAGCAAAAAUCUCUCUCAAUAUACCUCAGAAACAAAGAUGUCUCCAUCAAGUUUAUACUCACAGCAAGUGCUAUGUUCUUCAAUACCUUUAUCAAAAAAUGUGCACAGUUUUUUCAGUGCCUUCUGCACAGAAGAGAAUAUCGAACAGAGUAUUUCAUAUCUUGAUCAGGAAUUGACUACUUUUGGUUUUCCUUCAUUAUAUGAAGAAUCCAAAGGUAAAGACACAAAGAGGGAAUUAAAUAUAGUUGCUGUUUUAAAUUGUAUGAAUGAGCUACUUAUACUUCAGCGGAAGAACCUUCUAGCUCAGGAAAAUGUGGAAACGCAGAAUUUGAAACUAGGAAGUGAUAUGGACCAUCUACAGAACUGCUACACAAAACUUAAGGAGCAACUGGAAACCUCCAGGAGGGAAAUGAUCGGGCUUCAGGAAAGAGACAGGCAGUUACAAUGCAAGAACAGGAAUUUGCAUCAGCUACUGAAAAAUGAGAAAGAUGAGGUACAAAAAUUACAGAAUAUUAUUUCAAGUCGAGCUAUUCAGUAUAAUCAUGAUAUGAAGAGAAAAGAACGUGAAUAUAAUAAACUAAAGGAACGUCUACAUCAGCUUGUUAUGAACAAGAAGGAUAAAAGAAUAGCUAUGGAUGUUUUAAAUUAUGUGGGAAGAGCUGAUGGAAAAAGAGGCUCCUGGAGGACUGGUAAAACUGAAGCCAGGAAUGAAGAUGAAAUGUAUAAAAUUCUCUUGAAUGAUUAUGAAUAUCGCCAGAAGCAAAUACUAAUGGAGAAUGCCGAACUUAAAAAGGUGCUUCAGCAAAUGAAAAGGGAAAUGAUUUCUCUUCUUUCUCCCCAAAAGAAGAAACCUAGAGAAAGAACAGAUGAUAGUACAGGAAUUGUUAUCUCUGAUGUAGACGAAGAUGCCGGGGAACUGAGCAGAGAGAGCGUGUGGGAACUCUCCUGUGACACUGUGAGGGAGCAGCUCACCAACAGCAUCAGGAAACAGUGGCGGAUUUUGAAAAGUCACGUAGAAAAACUUGAUAACCAGGUUUCAAAGGUUCACCUAGAAGGUUUUAAUGAGGAAGAUGUGAUCUCACGGCAAGAUCAUGAGCAAGAAACCGAGAAACUCGAGCUAGAAAUUCAGCACUGUAAAGAAAUGAUUAAAACUCAGCAGCAACUUUUACAGCAGCAGCUCGCCACUGCAUGUGAUGACGAUACCACUUCACUCCUUCGAGACUGUUACUUAUUAGAAGAAAAGGAACGCCUCAAAGAAGAAUGGUCUCUUUUUAAAGAGCAAAAAAAGAAUUUUGAGAAAGAAAGACGAAGCUUUACGGAGGCUGCUAUUCGCCUAGGAUUGGAGAGAAAGGCAUUUGAAGAAGAAAGAGCCAGUUGGUUAAAGCAACAGUUUUUAAAUAUGACUACCUUUGACCACCAGAACUCAGAAAAUGUGAAACUUUUUGGUGCCUUUUCAGAAAGUUCUGAUCGGGACAAUCUUAUAGUGCACUCAAGGCCUCGGCAGAAGAAGCCUCACAGUGUGUCUAAUGGGUCUCCAGUUUGCACAUCUAAACUUACAAAAUCUCUUCCUGCUUCACCUUCCACUUCAGACUUUUGCCAGACACGUUGCUGUGUAUCUGAACACAGUUCCAUCAAUGUACUGAAUAUAACUCCUGAAGAAACGAAACCAAAUCAAGUUGGAAGAGAAUAUGCAAAUCAGAAAUGGAGCGUGGCAUCUAGACCCGGAUCCCAGGAAGGUGGCUCUGGUGGAUGCUCCUUGACCUACACAAACUCUCAUGUAGAAAAAGAUGACUUACCGUAGCUAUGUGGACUAGAAUUUUUCAUGAACACAUUGAUCAAAUUUUGCAUCUCAGUUGAAACAGGGUUUGUCAUAAAGUCAGUCAUCUCUAUUCAUUUAAGAUGGUCUGAGUUAUUUGUUUGGACUUCCCUGUCUUCCCCCAAAGAGCUGAAAUGUUAAUGCAUUUGAAAGGAUAUGAAAGCUUUGGUAUGUAUUUUUAGUAACAGAAGCAUCUGGCUCUGUGAAUAAAGGAAUGUAUAGAUGUUUGGAUGGAAACAAAAGCACUAGAAUGAGUUUCCUCUUAUAGGUAUUUAAAAAUAGCACUUUUAGGAAACUUAUUAUUGUAAAUGUUUAAUUUUUUUGUCUCAAAGAUAGUUGGCAUUGGAAGUUUAGCCUUUACUUGAAUGUAUACUAUACAUUUUUAACAAAGCAAGUUCUAUAUUUAUUAUGUUUAGUGUGAUUUGAAAUUACCUCUUUCAUAUGUUUUAAAUAAAGUGAAAUUUAUGUAUGUUUUGUACAUA